CCAUUUAUGGGCGCAGCCGAGGGCAGAUAUCAGUGUCGAUGGCAUUCACUCCCAGCUAUUCUUAGGAGACUCUCAGGAGCUCCGCACAGCCUGGCUGGGCAGCAAGGGACUGAGCAGAGGCGGCCACUGUCAGCACCAGCAUGUCUUACAGUGUGACCCUGACCGGGCCCGGGCCCUGGGGCUUCCGUCUGCAGGGGGGCAAGGACUUCAACAUGCCCCUCACUAUCUCCCGGAUCACUCCAGGCAGCAAGGCAGCCGAGUCCCAGAUCAGCCAGGGUGACCUUGUGGUGGCCAUCGACGGCGUCAACACAGACACCAUGACCCACCUGGAGGCUCAGAACAAGAUCAAGUCUGCCAGCUACAACCUGAGCCUCACCCUGCAGAAGUCGAAGCGUCCCAUUGCCAUCUCUACAACAGCACCCCCAGUCCAGUCCCCUCUGCCGGUGAUCCCCCACCAGAAGGACCCUGCUCUGGACAUGAACGGCAGCUUGGCGGCACCCAGCCCCAGCCCCGAGGCCAGGGCCGGCCCGGGCAGCCCAGGCACCCCGGAGCUCAGGCCCAGCUUUAGCCCUGCCUUCUCCCAGCCCUGCACCUUCUCCUCACUUACGGAGGCUUCUGAUCCCGGCCCUCCACGGGCCAGCCCGGAGGGGGCCCGGGACCCACUGGGCCCAAAAGUCCUACGGGGCUCGAGCCAGCCGAGGCAGUAUAACAACCCCAUUGGCCUGUACUCGGCAGAGACCCUGAGGGAGAUGGCUCAGAUGUACCAGAUGAGCCUCCGAGGGAAGGCCUUGGGUGCCGGACUCCCAGGAGGGAGCCUCCCUGUGAAAGAUCUCACCGUAGACAGCGCCUCUCCCGUGUACCAGGCUGUGGUUAAGAACCAGAACAAGCCGGAAGACGAGGCCGAGUGGGCCCGCCGCUCCUCCAACCUGCAGUCGCGCUCCUUCCGCAUCCUGGCCCAGAUGACCGGGACGGAAUUCAUGCAAGACCCUGACGAGGAAGCUCUGCGAAGAUCAAGCACCCCUAUUGAGCAUGCUCCAGUGUGCACCAGCCAGGCCGCCACCCCGCUGCCACCCGCUUCUGCCCAGCUGCCUGCUGCUGCCUCUCCCAGCGCGGCCUCGCCACCCCAUGCUGCCACCGCCACGGCCCCUGCCUCGAGCCCUGCAGACGGUCCAAGGCCCCAGGCCUCUUCCUACAGCCCUGCAGCAGCCAGCUCUCCAGCACCCGCCGCCCAUACCAGCUCCAGCGAGGGCCCCGCUGCCCCUGCAGCCAAGCCCCGGGUUGUCACCACUGCCAGCAUCCGGCCUUCUGUCUACCAGCCAGUGCCUACAGCUACCUACAGCCCAUCCCCAGGGGCCAAUUACAGUCCAACUCCCUAUACCCCCUCACCUGCCCCUGCCUACACUCCUUCGCCUGCCCCCACCUACUCUCCAUCCCCAGCACCAGCCUAUACUCCCUCACCUGCCCCCAACUAUAACCCUGCACCGUCCACAACCUACAGCGGGGGACCUGCAGAGUCUGCCAGCCGUCCCCCCUGGGUGGCAGAUGACAGCUUCUCCCAGAAAUUUGCCCCUGGCAAGAGCACCACCUCCAUCAGCAAGCAGACCAUGCCCCGGGGGAGCCCAGCCCAGGCGCCUCCCCUUGCCAGGGGCACUGUCCAGAGGGCUGAGCGAUUCCCAGCCAGCAGCCGGACUCCGCUCUGUGGCCACUGCAACAGCGUCAUCCGGGGCCCUUUUCUGGUAGCCAUGGGCCGCUCCUGGCACCCUGAAGAGUUCAACUGUGCCUACUGCAAGACCUCCCUGGCAGACAUGUGCUUUGUGGAGGAGCAGAACAACGUCUACUGUGAGCGGUGUUACGAGCAGUUCUUCGCCCCCAUCUGUGCCAAGUGCAACACCAAAAUCAUGGGGGAAGUGAUGCAUGCCCUGAGACAGACGUGGCAUACCACCUGCUUUGUCUGUGCAGCCUGCAAGAAGCCUUUCGGGAACAGCCUCUUCCACAUGGAAGACGGGGAGCCCUACUGUGAGAAAGACUACGUCAAUCUGUUCAGCACCAAGUGUCACGGCUGCGAUUUCCCUGUGGAGGCUGGUGACAAGUUUAUUGAAGCCCUGGGGCAUACUUGGCAUGACACCUGCUUCAUCUGCGCAGUCUGCCAUGUGAAUCUGGAGGGGCAGCCAUUCUACUCCAAGAAGGACAGACCCUUGUGCAAGAAGCAUGCACAUGCCAUCAACGUGUAGGGGUGGAGGCGUCUGGUGCUGACGGGCAGAGCUGCUCUUGCUGCUGGCAACAAAGGAUUCAAGGAGGCUGAUGUUUCUUUUGGGGGGAAGGGGGGAAGAGAGGAAGUGAUUGAGCCCUUUUGAAGUAUAAUUUUAGUUUUUUCUUUGGUGCACAGAUUGUGUAUUUGCAUAGUUCCAACUAGAAGCCAAAUGAAGAUUCAAACCAAGCUAGUAAUUAAUCCAAGACUGGAAUUGUACUUCAAACGUUUAGAACAGAAUUCCAAGAACUCAAAAGUGAAAAACAAAAAGCAACUUUCCCAAAGUGAUACACUUCCCUGUGGUCAUGGUCACCACAGUAGGGACAGAGCUCAGAACAGUUAUGGAGAAUCCAAAGCAUUCUGCAGAGUUCUUUAGAGCUCCCCUGGCAAACAAAGUGAAGUGCCAAACAGUCCUUGCUGCAGGGUAUUUUUAGAGCCAUAGCUGAGAGCUUGUUAGCCAAGACCUAUCGGCCUUUCCUCACCAAAAAAGGAAGUGUUAUUCCAUGACUAGCGUCAUGGAGCUACCUCUGUGCAUCAGACUUCGGACCUUGAACGAACUUGAAAUGUUCUAAAGGGAGCCCCCAUGUCCAGAGAGAUGUCUUCUGGGAGCCACUGGGCAGUUGCCAGGGCUCCAGGAAGGGCUCUGGCUCACUCUGCAGACAGCUGAGAAAGAUGGGCCCUUCAGCCACCCUCUUUCAGUUUGAAAAGCCAUUGUUCCCAGAAGGCUUAGCUCCUUUUUGAUUUGUGAUGGGAAAGUGGAAUUGGGUUUUUCCAGUUUUGCUUUGCAGUGUGUGAGAGGAGAUUUUAAAGACUCUGGGUUGUGUUUGGUCCUUGUUUUACUUUAAGACAUUUGUUAGCAUGAGUGUCCGGUCCCGUGCAUGUAUUUCACCCCUAACCUGUGACUGCUCACUCAUGACAUCUUCCUCAGUACCCUCUAUCUCAAAUAGGCUCGGUGGCCUAUGGAAAAGAGAAAGAGAGAGAGAGAGAUAGUGUCUAAAACAGGAUGGCAGAAUAGGUGUGGAGUAGAGGAACCUUACUUUCUGCCAACAUCAGUAAGAAUGCAUGCGGGGGAGGACCUCCCACUUUCAGGUCUGCACCAACUGUCCUUGUCAUAUAUUCCUUUCAAUGCAGCACACUGAUUACGUAUAAUUGUGCUGACUGCUAGAAGGAAAAGAUGGACUGAUAUAUAUGCAUUUGCCAUUUUGGCCAAUAUUUUGAUAAGGUAUGAGCAGAGUUGAUCUAGCAAUUAUUUAUUUAUUGCAGUAGACUUGGGCCUUCAAACUUCUUUGCAAUAUUAGUGAUAGUUUGAGUUAGGUAAGCAUUUUAAAGCUGUUUGGUGAUAACGAGAAGCUUAAUUUCUGAGGUUGGAAAUGGGAUAGUCACUUACCUUUUUAGGAAACACUGUUAUUAUGCUCAUUGAAAACGGCAUUGAAGCAGGCAGUUUGCGUGGAUGUUUCUCACUUGAGCACGAUAUUUAGGCACUCUCCCAACUCACUGCUACUCUGUCCUCCAGAAAUCUUUUUGAUUUUUCUUUUUGCAUGUUUGAAAGGUUUUAUGGGAAUGCAUUAGAACUCUUUUUCUUCUAAGAACUGAGGAUUCCAGGGGACUGCCAUCCUACCAGUAUCUCUUCCCCUGCAGGAGAAGGAAACAGCUAGCUGUGUCCCUUGCAGGAAGCCUGAACUUUUUCCAAGCAUGAAGCCACCAACUUCCCCCAGGGAACAUCAGGGAGGGACAUAAAUGUGCUCCUAUCACAGGGCCUUUCUUACCUUUGGUGCCCUGAGAAAGUGAGACAAAGUACCAGGCAGAGUAAAAUCUGCUGGGACUGACUGGAGACUUGUCAGGAGUU